AUAAAAUAUUUGCUCCACAAGCAAGAUCUAGAACUUUCCUCCAUUUUUUUUUAACCAAAAAUCCCUUCCUAUAUUUGACCCUUUGGGUAUCAAAUCCACAGCUUCCUUGGUCCUUUACACACUAUUAUCCACUUCAUUUAACGGCUUCAACGACUUCCCAAAAGAGGUAAAAUGCACAGAUACAGUUAAUAUCUCUAAGAAGAAGAAGAAGCAGCCAUUAAACCUUCAACUUUUCUUUCAUUUUCUCAUCUUUUUUACCGCUUUCUUUUUUCAUCUAUACCACUUUAUAUCUUGACUUUAUUGCUAGUGAUUCUCAUCCGCCGCUGUCCUUUAUUUUUUUCUUAAAAAAAACCAUUUGAGUUCUUGGUAUGUUUGAACUGUUUUUCAAUUCAGUAGUCCCUAAUAUCGAAUUGUUCGAUCAAAACCCAUCUUACCCAAUAAGGCCAUUGGACAAGGUAACCAAAACCCAAGAAAAGUUGCGGGAGUCGCAGUUUCAAGGUAUGAAUUUUCUAUACCCAGUCAAGGAGGAGUACCCUGGUAGUGGGUCGUCGAGUUCUUCACAGUAUGUUUGCGGUGACUCACAGCCACUAACGAUGCCUGCGCCCCAGCCAAUGGAAGGCCUCCACGAUGUGGGUCCUCCACCGUUCCUGACCAAGACAUAUGACAUGGUGGAUGACCCAUCGACCAAUCGGGUAGUGUCUUGGAGCAAAGAUGGUUCUAGCUUUGUCGUUUGGGAUCCUCAUGCCUUCGCUCUGAAUCUCCUUCCCAGAUACUUUAAGCACAAUAAUUUCUCAAGUUUUGUUAGGCAGCUCAAUACUUAUGGGUUUAGAAAAAUCGAUGCAGAUAGAUGGGAGUUUGCGAACGAGGGAUUUAUUAGAGACCAAAAACAUCUUUUGAAGAGCAUCAGGAGGAGGAGAGCCUCUUCUCAGCCGUUUCCUCAUGAACAACAGGCCUUAGGCCCAUGUGUGGAAUUGGGCCGUUUUGGGCUCGACGCAGAAAUCGACCGUUUGAGGCGAGACAAGCAAGUACUGAUGAUGGAGUUGGUCAAACUGAGACAACAGCAGCAGAACACUAGAGCUUAUCUUCAAGCUAUGGAGCAAAGGUUACAAGGAACAGAAAUGAAGCAGCAACAAAUGAUGGCUUUCUUAGCUAGAGCAAUGAAAAACCCAGCUUUUCUACAGCAGUUAGUUCAACAGAAAGAGAGGAGAAAAGUCAUUGAGGAAGCCAUGACUAAGAAAAGAAGAAGGCCUAUUGAUCAAGGGCCUAGCAGCAGGUCCAGUGGGAUUGAAACAAGUCAUGGCUCAAUCAAAGUUGAGCCUCAUGAGAGUAGUAAUUAUGGUUUUGAAGUGUCAGAGCUAGAAGCUUUGGCACUUGAGAUGCAAGGUUUUGGGAAGCUGAGAGUGGAGCAGGAGGAAGGAGAUGAAGAACUUGAGCCACCAGAGAGUGGGGAUAGAGAACUUGAUGAUGGGUUUUGGGAAGAGUUGUUUAGUGAGGAAGCUAAAGCGGUUGAAGAUGAAGAUGUUAAUGUGUUAACUGAUCGUUUUGGUUACUUGGGUUCAAGUCCUAGAGAACAAGAGGAACUCACAGAGAGAAGAAUAUUGGUGGAAACUAUCUUGUUUCUUCUGGUUCUAACCCCUUUAUUAACUACUUUGUCAAGUCACUUUCUCUUUCCAUAUUGUCCAUCUUUUUUCCUCUCAAUAUUUUUCUUUCUAUCUUGGUUUAGGUAGGUUGCAAGCGUUGGUUUGGACAAGAGGCUAUGGCAGCUUUAAAUUUUUCGUAUCUAAUGCAUGAUAAGUUAAUUUUAAGUUUCUGUUUCAUUUCACUACCCUAGAAAGGGGAAGAAAAAAAAAAGAGAGAAAAAAAAGAAAGAAAAAACCUAGCUUUAAAACCCCAUGUACUAUGCCUUGUUUGUAAUUUGUUGCUCCUUUUGUCUUGGUUCUCAAAUGAAUGUAGAUUGUAGAAAAAAGCUGUUGAUGAUCUGGACUAAAGAUGUACCUGCGAGCUUCAAGAACCACAACUGAAUUUUGUUUUGUCAUCCAAGUUGCAGUUGGUAGUUGACAUUGUCGGUUCGAUAUUUUUAUAUUUUUUGUUCUUGUGCUCUUUGUUUUGCUAUAUCUCUACCUGAUUACUUGACCCUUAUUUCUUCUGUGAUACAUAAAAGAGAGGUGGUCUCGGUAAUAAGUUUCAUGUAGAUUUUUUCGUGCAAAGGCAAAUUUGGUCCUCAAGAAUCGUUUUCAACUGCUGUACAUCAAGUGAUCUGAUACUCAACGUGGUAAUGUAUUGUUUAAACUAAUAGCCAAAAAAAUGAAUGUGUUUGUUAAUGCCGUUAUCAGAUUUUGAAGAAGACCAUCAUCAUCACGUGCUGCUGUAUCAUUGUGAGUUAAGAUAUUAUAUAAAAGCUUUGGUUUUUUUGGGUGCAAUGGGAUUUUUAAGUGGGAUUGUACAUACACACAACAAGUGAGUACUAAGGCUGUUAUAGCAAAAAGUGUAGAGGAAUUCUGUACUUAGUUUAUUACGCACAACAAGUGAGUACUAAGGCUGUGUUAGCAAAAAGUGUAGAGGGAAAAACUCUUUCACUCGAGUUAUAUUAUAGAUCAAGGAAUUCUGUGCUAUAGUUUAUUACGCAUAACAAGUGAGUUCUAAGGCAGUGUUAGCAAAAAGUGGAGAGGGAAAAUCAUAUUUACUUGUGCUACAUUAGGGCCACGAUAGGAAUGGUUUACAAGCAUUAUAUAUCAAUAGUUAGCUCUAUAUAGUGUUAAAAUAUCUGUUACUCUCUUGUGAAUAUGAGAGGUUACAUAGAAUCAAACAACCAUACAAACUUAACAGUUCAUCAGUAUUCAAUAAGUUAACAUAAGGUUUCAUUUCAUGCUAGAAAGUCUUGUUUUGAUUGAUUUUCCACGCAUUGUAUAUAAGCUCUCUUUUGAGCAGACGUUCUAAAGCACCAGAUAAAGUUACAUGGGGUCAUUGCACCAGAUAACGUGACUUUAGUCUAGUGUUUACAAGCGUUUUCGUCAAAGAGAGCUCUGCAGUGCUAGAAUAUCCAUUUCAUGUUAGAUGGUCUUGUUUUGAUUGAUUUUCCACGCAUUGUUUAUAAGCUCUCUUUUGAGCAGACGUUCUAAAGCACCAGAUAAAGUUACUGGGAUCAUUGCACAAGAUAACGUGACUUUAGUCUAGUGUUUUUACAAGCGUUUUCGUCAAAGAGAGCUCUGCAAUGCUAGAAUAUCCAUUAGUUUGUUGUGAAUAUGAGAGAGAGGCUACGUUAUACAGAAAAAGAAAAACCAUGUAGACUAAAUUCACGUAAGAAGCAAACAACAUAUAAAACAUGAUUUUCUCUGCAUUGUUUAUGAGAUCUCUCCUGUUUUGAGCAGACGUUCGUUCUGCAUCACCAGAUAAAGUUACUGUUCGUGGUUCCUGGCUUUUGUGUUUUGGAGCUAUACUGUUUAAGAAUUUCAAAAAAUGGUAUGUAAAGAGUUUAUUAUAAUUAUUCUUAUUACGGUGAAAAGAAUGAGCCUGAUGAAAAAGGAAACUGAAACUGAAGCUGCAAUGUAAUGUAAUGUAAUGAAAGUGAAAGAAGCCAUAUAAACUGAUAUAGCAGCAAACCUUUCAAAAACACAUUACAAAUGCAAGAGUUUGUAAUGUGACAUUUAGUACCUCACAUUACAAAACAAGCAACUGUUCAGUUUCCUUUGAUCAAGCCUUUCAAUACACCAAAGCAUGUUUGGUUUAAAGCAUGUCCAUUUCAGUACUGUAUAUAUAAUUAAAUUUAAUUCAUAUUAUCAUUGAGACAUUGACUAUAUGCAAGAGCUUACACUUUUUAGUGGCCCCAUAUUUAAUAUAUGGUCCAAGUUGAUGUAGGAAAAUAUCAGGGUGAUCGUUGUUUUGAGUAUCAGAAUAUUUGCAGAGCAUUGAGAGACGGAAGAUGCCAAGUGUUGGCUGUCAUUGCCAUAUGGGUUGGCCACAAGCGCCAUAGAUUUGUUUUGUGUACAUAAUACUUGCUUUGCUUGCAAAUUGCAUCAGUACGGAAGGAACCUGAUUUUGAAUUCCCUCCCUGGAGUUGGUACUCAUCAAAUUUAGCAGUAUAUUUGUCUUAUAGGGUAGUUGCUUUCAUUCAAUGAAUCGUCUUUCACAAAACGAUAAGAGAAAAAUAAGUAUGUGACAAUGCAUUAAUAUCUUCAGUAAAGGAUCUCCUUUUGUCGUU